AUGAAUUCCAAAAUGAAACAGAAACUGACUGUGGAAAAACCAUCGGGAUCUUUGCAGAAGUACCUCACAGACACCACAUGCGGUGCUGCCCCAAGACGGACUCUUAAAAUGAUUCAGCCCUCAGCCACAGGUUGCCUGGUUGGCAGACGUAAUGAGAAGAAAUCUUCAGUCAAAGGGAAGCUCUGGAAUAGCAAGCUCACCCCAAAGACUUGUAAAGCUGAGGUGUCUGUGGACAAGGACCAAGAAAAUAAGGGUGUGAAUGAUGUUGUUCAACCUGUAGAUCUCAUGAUAGAAGGAAGCCCUUCAUCUCGGUAUUGGAAAGAAGUGGCUGAAGAACGGAGGAAGGCUCUGUAUGAAGUGCUUCAAGAAAAUGAAAAGUUGCACAAAGAAAUCGAACAGAAGGAUGGUGAAAUUGCCCGCCUAAAAGAAGAAAAUGAAGAGCUAAUGUCCCUCGCUGAACAUGUGCAUUAUAUGACCAGCAUGAUUGAGAGGCUAACUGGGCAAGCACCUGAUGAUCUGGAGACCCUGAAGAGUCUGGCUCUAGAGGAAUCCAAACAAGAAAAUGAAGAGCUUAACUGUGGAGAUGCUGCAGACAGCACUUCUGAAGAAGAGCCAUCACAAGUCUUAUGUGGCUUACAGGAGAGUAUAUUAGAUCUGGCUUCAAAGGAAGAAAAUCAUUUGCAACUGGAAUGA